GUAUAAAGCUAAUCUCAGAUGAUUUAUGUUGUAUUUCAGUGAACCUUAAUUGCUUUAGGGCGAAAAUUAAGUACAUGUAAUUGGGCCCAGGAAACUGAUGCUCUUGCCAUUCAACUAAGGCGCGCUGCCACCAGCAACAACAGUCUGUGUCAUUAAACGUGGGCUGGUACGUAACACGAAGCAUGGUGACCGUCGGCGACGACAGGAACUUCCGCUCGCACUACUACGAGAAGGUGGGCUUUCGCGGCAUCGAGGAGAAGAAGUCGCUGGAGAUCCUGCUGAAGGAGCAGCCGCUUGAACUGCAGCGCCUCGCACAGUACUGCCUCCGCUUCCCCGUGCCGUCCAUGUUCCGGGAACUCGUGUGGAAAGUGCUGCUCGGUGUUCUGCCGCCGCAUCAUAGCAUCCAUGAGUUUGUGUCGGAGCAGCGGGCGCAGCAGUACCACGACCUUGAGCACGCGCUGCGCGUGAUGCGACGCGUCGACGACUCCACGCCGACCUCCUGGGUCUUCCUCAAGAUGGCCUGCGCCGAAGAUGGCUGCCUAGGUUUCGAUGAUGACAAUUUCGAAAAAGAGAGCAAAUCACAGGCAUUUGUGAAGAUAGCCAGUGUUUUCCUAGAGUUGUUUGACAAUCCAGUAGAUGCUUAUUGCCUCACCCGUGGAUUCGUACGAAUCCAGGAAGACAAGUACAGGGACUACAUAGGUCUACUAGUGCAGAGAACGGAAGACCUUCUUAAGAAGGAGGCGCCUAAACUGCAUGCUCACCUAGUGUUAACCAAAGCCAUUCACGUUCUUCCUCUUCACAAUUGGUACCUGUGUUGCUUUGCGGGCGUUCUGCCCGAAGGCGCGAUAGAACGACUGUGGGACAUUGUCAUUGGCGGAUCUUUCAAGGUGAUGGCCUUCAUAAGUGUUGCUCUGCUGGUCUCGCUGGAGCGACACAUACUGGGCAAGCAGCAUGUCACGGACAUUGUGCUGUGCACACAGCAGGAGUUGCCGGAGGAGACGGCCGACAUGAUCGUCAGCAAGGCCCUGGAGAUGUGGCAGGCCGGCGGCUGCCUGCUGAUGCCGUCCACGUAGCGCCGCGAGGACAUGCGGAGGGGGGGGGGAUCUACCCGGAAAGCGGAAUGAGAACUGAGUCAGACGUUUCUAAGGAGGUUCGCAAUGGCUUUAAAGGACUGGGAAUCGACUGGCUGAUGUUGCCGCGCCUAUAAAAUUCAUGCACGAAGUAUUUAUGUGCGGAGAGUAGAGCGUGUGCAUCGGGAGAGUUGCGAACAGGUUGAGACGUGCACGGCUAGCAGGACCGACAUCUGGUUCAGUCUGCAUAGUUCGCAUGGAAUAUAUAUUGUAUACACUUAAGCAUUGUUUUGUUAGAAUGUUUGUUGGUUCGAUUGUAAAUAUGAAAUGAGUCGAAUAAUAAAAAAAUGUCAGCGUUGAUGUCACACUAA